GGUUCAGCGCGAGCGUCAUUGUGUGCGCGAAGCGCGGAUACGCGAGUGCUUUUCGGUGAUCAUCUAGUCCACAAUUUUUAUAUUUUUCUACUUUUAUAACUGGUGAUUGUAUAGUUUGUUUAUUUUUGUUACUUAGAAUUUAUAUUUUCUCAUCAUAAUAUACGCUUCAGAGCUAGCACAGUUCAAUCAGGCAAUAAGCAGACGACACUGUCCAAAUUUCAAAAAUCUUCGUUACCUGUUAUUGAGAAAAAUCACGUACCUUAAUUUGAGGAAUCAGAAACACCUUAGCAUCAACUCAAAGAGAUAAAUGUAUUGAAGGUUUUCGAGAAAUCUCCAUAGAAACGCUUAGAAACCUCGAAAAUUCACGUAUUCAAGAUGCAUAUAGAAGUACAAGUAGCACUGAAUUUCGUAAUCUCGUACCUGUAUAACAAACUUCCCAGAAGGAGGGUCAACAUCUUCGGUGAGGAGUUGGAAAAGGCCCUGAAGGAUAAAUUUCAGGGGCAUUGGUACCCGGAGAAACCCUACAAAGGCUCGGCUUUCAGAUGCUUGAAGACCGGAGAUCCGAUCGACAAAGUCCUGGAACGGGCAGCCAAAGAGAGCGGAGUUCCCAUCCAAGACAUCCUGGAAAACCUCCCUCAAGAGUUAGCGGUGUGGGUGGACCCGGGCGAGGUCAGCUACAGGAUCGGCGAGAAGGGCGCCGUCAAGGUCCUCUUCAGCGACAAGUCAGAUCCCCAAGACGAGCACUCGGCCGAUCGCGAGGUCACCAAGACCUUCAAUCCAGAAGCCCAGUGCUUCAGGCCUAUCGAGUCCGUCAGUUGCAGCCUGGUCAACCUCAGUCUCUCGCCCAAGAGCAUAACGCCCUACUGCGGCACCAACGUGCAUCCUCCAGCCCAGAUGCCGGUCUCGGUGCCCGUUUCAAACCCUGUGCAGAACGUGGCACCAGCUCAGAACAACCUGACGCUCACCCUUGCCAACCCCGGCAACCAUCUGUCGACGUCAUCUGCCGCCCCUUCGCCUACGUCUGCAGGGAACUCUUAUAAGGGCAGCCCUUCGCCAGUGACAGCUUUCAUACCGCGAAGCACCGCUCCGUUGACCUUCACCACAGCCACGUUUGCUCAGACCAAAUUCGGCAGUACGAAAUUGAAGACUAGCAGCAAGAGGGCCAAUAGGAUGUCCCCGACAGAGUUCUCCAACUACAUCAAGCAGCGCGCCGCCAUGCAGCAGCAAGUCCAUCAGCCGCCCCAGCAGCAUCACUCUCCAAACGGCCGAGCACUAUCUCCCGACACCUCCAACUACUACUUCCCCCACGGGCCCUACGGUCCCAACCAGUUCUCUCACCGUUCUAUGAUUGAGUCUUCCAACCAAUUCCUCAGCCCCGAUCUUUACCCGAGCAAGCUGCCGUUCGAGCACUCUUCAACAGUCGGCCCUUACUUUCCGGCCAACAAUGCUUCGGGAGCGGUAGCACCACCCUCGGGGCCUACCACCCCUCAGGACAACGGAAAGUUGAUGGACAACAGUUGGCCGUACCCGAACGCUGGUCAAUACCAGCAUUUGUUGGUAGCAAACUGAGGUUAGAGUCGAGUUGCAUCUGUGGUUGGUAGCUUUUUGGUUGUAUAAACUUGGAAUGAGGUUGGGAGGAGGUAGGCUGUAGAUGUCUGAGGAGAUAUAAGAGCGUCACUUAGUGUGUAGCAUCGAAUAAAUCCAUUGAAUCUGUUAGAUAAAGGAAAAUGAGAUUGUAGCCAAUUGUAGCCCAAACAGCACAUUGCCCAAGACAGGAGAUUAGUUCAUAAAAAAGACCAAAGUACCAUCAGGAUUUCUCUGAUAUUUACCUGCAGGUCAGAGUCAAAGUGUAUGUUGCUGUUUGGGGUAUUGCUCGAUACCUACCUCCACUCCAUCAUCAUUCCAAUUAUAUAUGAGUAAAAAGUUGGUUGCAGAGACCGCAAUUUUUCUAGUUCCUAGCAUUAAAUAUGAAUAUUUCAUAGGAAGACAGAAAUUCGAACAGUAGAGAAAGAUUGUUGUCUCGGACAUCGAAGUGAUAAACUUUCGACGUUUUUAUAUAUUAUAAAACGAGAAAUCUUGCUUGAUAAUAUAGUUUUUUUUUAUGAAAAUCGUAGUGAUAGUAAAAGAUUAGAUGUUUCUUACUUUAUAAACUGGUGUUUACAGUAUUCUUGUAGAAUAGAGUGUUUUCUAAAUUUUUUUAUAUGUAUGUAUUUUUUAUUUUUGUAUAAAAGGCUCAAGCUGACAUCUAGUCUCAAACAUAAAAUAAAGAGUUAAGUUGGCAUAUCAUCGGAUACAGCUGAGAAAAAGUUUGUAUUCGUGUAAGGCAGAUAUUAUAUUAUAUGGUCUCUUUCACUUGUUAUUAAGAAUGUGAAAAUGUUUCGAAACCAAACGCAAUAAUGUGAUCUGUUAUAACUGUGUACUGAAUUUGUGAUAUGUGUUAUAAGGCAUAGUUAAGUGUGCUCCCUCAAUGUAAAUUUAUCACUUAAUUUGAGGUUUUUUAUUUGAACGUAACUGGUGAUUGGGGCUUGCUUCAGGGUCAAAUAACACAAGCCAGUUUUUCAGAUUGAUCUAGGGGAAACCUAAGUCUAUAAUUCAACUAAAUGUAUGAAAGAAUGAAAGAACAGUCUGAAAAAAGAUGGCGCGGCUCACAAUUCAAUCCGAAUCCUGAAUGUUUUUCUGUCUGCAUGAUGAAAUUAAAUUCCAUUCAGUAUUUCAUGUAACUCGAACCUUGGUCUUCGACGCUUCCUUGUUUCUGUUUAAUUUCGAGUGAUAUCGUUCGAUAAGUUAACUCCACUAUAGAUUCUAAUUUUGUUAUUUUCACAAUAUAUUUUCAUUUGUAUAGAACUGUUGAAUUUGAUAUAAUAUAUAUUUUGUUACGAGCAUAUAACAUGAGUUUAAUUGAAUUAGUUUGUCUACGUACCUGACAUUGUCGAUAUCAAUCUUACUUUCAUUGAAAUACCUUAUCUUCAACGAAGAAAAAUCAAAUUUUUCAUGUUUGAUGUGAUGUUAACCAUUCAGCCACUUUGAAUGUUAACCAAUAACCUAUUUAAAUAAUAAACAGACUUGGGAAGAUGGAUACAAAGGUAGGUAUUCCAUCAUGGAAAAAUCCUCAAAUUAAUAUAAAUUCUUUCAUUAAUUUCACUUAUUUGACCUUUUUCUUCACCAAGUCUGUUGCAAAGAAUGUAGUAACUUUUAACUCAAUAUUUUUUCAACAGAAAUUAAGAUAGUAAGUAACCAUUUUGUAUUAUCAGCUUUCCAUAAAAACUGUGUAGGUGAUGUUGAAUCUCUUAGGAACGAGAAGCUGAACCCUUGAUUCAAUUCUUUCUGAGAUACUUGAACGCAGGGUGCUUACAGCCCUGAUUUUCAAAUAUCAUUCCACCUGAUUGCUAAAAAAUAACUUUGUCGCGAUAGGUCACCAGAAAAAUUAUAUUGUAUCUUCCAAUUUUAACGCAGAGUCAAAACAAAUUUAUUUUUUAGCGUAGAUGUUUCAUUUCGAAAUUGAUUGUCGAUGCUUUAUUAUUCAGAAAUUUGGAGUUGAGACAGUGUGAUAGUAACUGAAAAAAAAACGACUUAACUAAAGUAGAAAAUGAUCAAUGGUAAAAAUAAAACAUAGGCAAUCUGUAUAUAUAAACUCUUCAACGUAUCAACUUACCUACUGGGGUAUAGUUUAUUUUAUUACUACCUUUUUGAAGAACGAAACUAUUUUAGCACAAUUGAUUAUAGGAAUAUCAGGAAAAUCUGAGAGGUUAACUGGAUCAAAUAUCGAGAGCUCUCGGGAAAAUCAAUACAAACCUUAUUUAACCCUACAAGACAUCACAAUGUGAAAAAAAUUAAAUCGUUGUAUUGGGAAGGGGCUGACGGUGUUUGACCAGUUUGUUCCGGGAUGUAUAUGUAGUUAGAUUACCCCUGCCCAAGUGAUAUAUAAUAUUUUUUUAAGCUUCAGAAGUAAUCCUUAGAAAAAGUUGAAAACGGGAUAAGUUUGCCUUCGUAAAGGUGGAUUGGAUACUUGUAAUUGUCAACGGUGUAUGUGUUACCUGUGACUUCAACUAAGGCCGUAGGCAUAAGGGGCCGAAUGUCCAUUCAAGACCUAAUCCAAUUUUGAUACAACCUCAAACUCGCUCCAUAUCAAAGUUGUGUUCGCAUUAAAAAAAAAAUCUAUAAAACUGUGUGGAAUAAGCUAGAGUGUACAUUCGUUACCUAAUAUACUUCAGAGCCUUCAGUUGCACGCUACACAAUGUACAUGAUUAAAAAUACUUAUAGAUUACUCAAUUAUUUUAUAUACUUGCUUGUAACUAAUGGCAUUUUAAGAUCUGUAUAUAUUGGAAUAUAUUAUAACUACAUUUGUUGUUCGAUUAUGUGUAGGAACAUCUAAUAAUCACGUAGGAUGGUUCGAUUUCUUCAGAAUGGAAAGUGGUCAUAAAUUGAUCGAUUUUGAGUUUGGGACCUUUCUGAAAAGCGCAAUCAGUUACCUAUAUCUAAAGCGAUUAAAUAAAUUGUAAAAAAUCAAAGUGAUAAGUAUAUUUCAUUCGAUAGUUGAUGGUAGUAGUGUUGAUUUCAAAUGAGAAGGACAAAUAAGGGAUGAUCUUAGUGUGAAAAUUUAGAACAUAGUUCACCGUAGUCAAAUUAGGAAAUGGUUGAGGUUAUAGGAAUAGUAGGAAAUUUAUGACCACAAUAAAUGAGAAAAAUACAAUAUUUUCUGUAGGGACUAAGUCAAGCCCAAAACAAUGUGAUGGCUCUUUUUUACUAAUCUUGUAGAACUAUAGAGAUCUUGCUCUGGGAUCGAUUCAGUGCAUCCUAGACAGGCCUAUUCUAAUAAAAAUGAGUGUUUGUCACUAAUUAAUGCGUGUUAGUUUGUUUUACAAUCUCUAUUCAGAUUAUUGAUUCAGAUUUAAAUCAUUGUGACUAAGUCGUAGUUAUCUAUUUAUAUUUAUUAGAAUAAGUAUAGUGAGAAAGGAUUUUUCCAUCCCGUUGUAAAAUAAUUACUAUGUGUAUAAUAGUCUAUAAUUUUUCAUAUUGUUGUACGAUUUUUAAGUUUAUAUUAAAAUGUUUGUGCAUUAAA